CACACACACACAGACUCUGUUUUUGAGAGUUUUGAAAUAAACCCUAGUGCCGCGCUUUCUCUUAUAAGUGCUGCGCUUUCUCUCUCUCUCUCUCAACAGUCGCUCGCUCUCUUCAUCAAUCAGCAAAAGGGUCUGCCCUCCAAACCAAAACAAAGUCUUAGUCUCACACCAUAAGUAUCAUGUCUGAGUGGGCUGAUCUUCCGGAGCUUAUUCUCUCUGAAAUAACGCGUUGUAUAUCUGUCUAUGAUGAUUUUGUCAACUUUAGUGCCGUCUGCAAGGCAUGGCAGCGUGUCUAUUCAAUGAUAAAGCUUCCACUAUCUCCUAGGUGCCCUUGGCUUCUGCUUGCUGAAGAGAAGGAACAAAAAAAUCAUACACGUGUAUUUUUCAAUGUAUUCGACAGUAAAGUUUACAACUUCAAGUUGCCUGAACUUGCUGGAAGAAUAUGCAUUGGAACAUCUUUUGGAUGGUUUCUCAGUGUAGGCAUUGAUUUCCAGAUGAAUCUCUUUCAUCCAUUGUCUAAACACCAGUUAAGUCUUCCGCCUCAUCCAUAUGUUUGGGAACGUUAUCGCAAUUUUGAACGCAUCCCUUUAGAUUACCGUGAUAUCUUUCUUUAUAAGUGUGUUUUAUCAAGGAAUCCGUGGAACUCUGUGACUCAUGAAUAUGAUCGUGAUUGCAUAAUCAUGGUUAUCUAUACUAAUUUUAAAACAUUGGCCUUCACUAGACCGGGAUAUAAAGCUUGGAUUGAUAUAAAAUGUGAUUCUCGAUGUUUUUAUGACAUUGCACUCUACAAGGGAAAAUUUUAUGCAGUAAACAAUCAUGGUAACGUUUUUGUUUGUCACAUUGAUGGUGAUAUUGUGUUCACUGAAUGUAUUACAUUCUGCAAGGAACCUGAGGAUUGUAUCCAAAAGUAUCUUGUUGAAUCAUUGGAAGAUCUUUUGUUGGUUUCACGCAUACGAGAAGGUCCUCUUUAUGAUACCGAUAAUGACUUUGAAGAUGAUAUUGGGGAUGUGAACUUUCAUGAAGAUGAAUCUGAAGAAGAAGAAGAAGAAGAAGAAGAAGAAGAAGAUGAUGAUGAUGAUGAUGAUCAAGAUCAAGACCAAUUUCAAGAACUAGGACAAGAAUGCAUGUUUGAAAUUCCAUAUGUGACAACUGGGUUCAAAAUUUUAAAAUUACAAUGUUCAACUGAAGUGAAAAGCAAAACUGAAUAUGAGUGGGUGAAUGUUGAGAGCUUGGGUGAUCAAGCAUUGUUUUUGGGUGGCAAUUCAUCAGUGUCUUUGUCUGCAUCAAGCUUCAAUGGAUGCAAAGCUAAUUGUAUCUAUUUUACCGAUGACAAUUUUGACUACUCUACAGCAUCCUUAAAUGGUUUAGGGUACGAUAUGGGUGUAUUUAGCAUGGAAGAUGGAACAAUUAAGCAGCAUUACAAAGGCAAAUCCCUCUCUUCCUUUGCUCCUCCAGUCUGGUACAUUUAACUUACAUAUGACAUAUGCACUGCAUAUGUUGAUUUAAAUAAUUGAAGCUAGUAAAUGUGUGUAAAAGACCUGCCUUUGUUUAUCGGUCUUUGAUUAAUUGGUUUAUUAAAUAAUAAUACAGUUUUUUCUUUUUAA